UUUCCAUCCCAUUGUUCUUUUUGUUUUUCUUUUGUCCAUUUUGUUUUUCCCCCAAAAUCGGCUUCAUUGUUCGUCGAUCUAUCAAAAUCUCCUCGUAGAUUCGACUUCACGAUCAAGUCCGGCCAACUUCUCAGAUCGUCGUUGCUUUGUAGCCGGGAGAAUCCCCAAGUUAUAAUCUGUGUAUCAGACAUAUCUGAGGAAGUAAUAGCUAGAAGAUGGUGAAGCUGACCAUGAUAGCGCGUGUUACUGAUGGGCUCCCGCUGGCUGAAGGUCUGGACGAUGGCCGUGAAGUCAAAGAUGUUGAAUUAUACAAACAGCAAGUCAAGGCCUUGUUCAAGAAUCUUGCCAACCGCCCGAAUGAGCCUUCAAGGAUGUCUGUCGAGACUGGUCCUUAUGUCUUCCAUUACAUCAUCGAGGGACGAGUAUGCUACCUUACAAUGUGUGACCGUGCGUAUCCGAAGAAACUUGCCUUUCAAUAUCUUGAAGACUUGAAAAAUGAAUUUGAGCGUGUCAAUGGGCCUCAAAUCGAAACUGCUGCCAGACCUUAUGCUUUUAUCAAGUUUGAUACUUUUAUCCAGAGAACAAAGAAACUGUACCAGGACACACAUACCCAGAGGAACAUUGCAAAGUUGAACGAUGAACUGUAUGAAGUCCACCAGAUUAUGACUCGUAAUGUGCAGGAAGUUCUUGGGGUUGGUGAAAAGCUUGACCAGGUGAGUGAAAUGUCCAGCCGACUAACAUCAGAAUCUCGAAUAUAUGCUGACAAGGCUAGAGAUUUGAACAGACAGGCGUUGAUUCGGAAAUGGGCUCCAGUUGCAAUCGUGUUUGGAGUCGUGUUCCUCCUCUUUUGGGUCAAAACGAAGAUCUGGUGAUCCUGAAAUCCAGAAAUUGUUUGCACAGACAUGCUGGGUGUCUCGGCAUUGCUAUCGGUUCGGUUAUGUUCAUGCGGUGAUUUUCCAACUCAAGAGACAGAAAGAACGGAAAUGGAGACAUGUAAAUCACCUCGGUUAUUUGUUCAAGGACAGAAUUUUUCUGGUUUAAUUAGAUGCCUCACCAAUUACCCCAUAGGAAUAGUGUAAAAGAGAGACCCUUGUUGAACAGACUUAAAAGGGUACACACCGUGCUGAGCUCAAGUAGUUUUAUAUACUAGUGAUAGUGAUGCGUUAUUGGUUCAUAUUUCUACAGUUGCACGCUCGUAGCCAUCGAAUAGCUGCAGUAAUCUGGGUGGAUUCAUUGUCUGAAUCUUCCUCCCCCUUUUAUAUGUGCUCAUGUGCUGUCUCUGCGUGCAU